ACAACAGCAGAGUAAAUGCGGAAGUAGAGUCGAUUUGCUGUAAUGGUGACCAGUCUUCACUCCAAGCUAGUUUUUCUUGUUCUGUUUUGACUUUUUGAACAUAAAAAUUAAGAUCCUUGGUUGAAUCACAAUGUUCCCAGCUAAGUUACCCAGCAGCUCGACUCUGACCGUACUGAAAGGAUUUAGGACCUGUCCUCCUCGUCUCCCAGCUCUGUCUAACUGCUUCAUUCAUAACCAAACAUCAAGGAAAACAGAUGGAGUACACAUUUUUUCUGUUAUGUUUAGAGGAGCGUUGUGCCACCAGAGUUCAAUCUGUUUGUCUGCAAAGCUACGAGAAACACGUUUCAGUGGGAGAAGAUCUUUCAGUUUUUCGGCUGCUUCUGUUGUGAACUCAGCUCCAGUUCGUGUCCAGCCAUACCUCCGAUUGAUGAGGCUAGAUAAACCCAUCGGGACUUGGUUGCUGUAUCUUCCCUGUACAUGGAGCAUUGCUCUGGCUGCAGAACCUGGAUGUCUCCCAGAUGUGGGCAUGCUCGCCCUGUUUGGGACAGGCGCUCUGCUGAUGAGGGGUGCUGGCUGCACAAUCAAUGACAUGUGGGAUAAAGACUUUGACAAACAAGUGGCACGGACAGCUGCUCGACCCAUCGCAGCAGGGGAUGUUACCAGGAAGCAGGCACUAGUUUUCCUUGGAGGACAACUCUCUCUUGCUCUUGGGGUUCUUUUAUGUCUGAACUCCUACAGCAUAGCUCUGGGUGCCUCCUCUUUAUCUCUGGUCAUCACCUACCCUCUGAUGAAGAGAGUCACCUACUGGCCACAGCUGGUGUUGGGGCUGACGUUUAACUGGGGCGCUCUGCUCGGCUGGUCUGCUGUGAAGGGCUCUUGUGAUUGGUCCGUGUGUCUCCCGCUGUACUUGUCAGGAGUGAUGUGGACGCUGAUAUACGACACCAUAUAUGCUCAUCAGGAUAAAGAGGAUGACAUGAAGGUAGGAGUGAAGUCCACCGCCCUGAAGUUCCAGGACCAAACCAAACUUUGGCUGAGUGGUUUCACAGCGGCCAUGAUCUCGGGACUGGUCGUAGCCGGCGUCAACGCCGAACAGACUCUUCCGUAUUAUUCUGCUCUCACUGUUGUGUCCAUCCACCUAGCUCGUCAGAUUUACAUGGUGGACACCAACAACGCCGAAGACUGCUGGAAGCAGUUCGUCUCGAACAGAAACCUUGGACUCGGGUUACUUUUAGGUAUUGUUGCUGGGAAUUUGUGGAAAGAGUCCAAAGAGAGUUCAGUGCAAAACGAAGAAGCCGUCAAAUAAACAGUUAGCACACCGCAAUGUACUGGAUGUUAAAUUAAUGAAAGAGUUCAUUUGAUUUGUUUCGGGUUAUUUAACUAAUGCGUAUUUAAUUAUUCUUAGCACUAAAUAAUAGUACGGACUGAGUGUUUUUUACAUGAUUGAACCUGGGGUGACUCCUCCUGGCAUUUGCUUACCGAGUACUGACAGAACAUCAAAGAACACCGGAGUGAACUGAUCCGGUUCUGCUGGUUCCUGAAGGUGCAACCAAAGCGUUUUCCAGGAACUCGUAAUGUUUGAAAACAAUCCGUUACCGCCACAAGGAUUUUGAUGCGAGUCGCUGAUGCAGUUAAAUGUUUCACCUUUUAGUUCAAUAGAAUAAAAGAUCACCUAAAGCUGUCAGCCAGGUGAGAACUCCAUAAA